AUGGAGUGGUAUUAUCAUUAUAAUCAUGAUUAUGCAGGUAAUCAUAAUAUUUAUUUAAACAUUAAUUACCUUAAAGGCAAUACCUUGAAAGUAAGAAAUGAUAGAUUACUUACAAAUGAUGAUCCACAGUGCGAAAUAAAACAAAGUAGAAUAAAAGAAAAUUUAAAAGAACCAGAGACGAAAAAUAAAUUAAAAGAUAUCACAGAGUCCUCAGACAUUUACGAAAAGGCAAACAAAAACACAUCAAAUAGUAUGCAUGCUUACAUAAAAAAAUUGGAACGAGGAUAUCCUAAUAAGAAGGGUUUAAAAAGAUUAGAUUGUUAUUAUGAAAAAAAACUGUUUGAUGAAAUGUAUAAAUUAGAUAAAAUUUCAGGACAUAUGAAAAGUAAAAAUAGUUAUAUUAAAAAAGUAAUUUGGAAAAGAUAUGGUUUUCGUUUUGUUAUAUUUUCAUUGGUUCUAUUAUUUGAAGCAGGAAUUUGUAUAUGGUAUUAUUUUGGCAGCAAUAUGGAAUGGACUAAACCUUGUAAAACUAAUGAGAGCGGUCCUUGUGAUACGUGUACAUUUCUAAGAAAAUACUUAUUACCUUCGAAUAUAAAGUAA